AUGGCUGAAAGCAGUGUGGUUCCACUCCUUGAGAUACGUGACGAGUUCGUCACGUGUGAGAUUUGUUUGGAGUAUUUUGACAAUCAGGACAAAUCUCCACGUAUCUUGCCGUGCUUCCACAGUUUCUGCUGCCGAUGUCUGGAGUCGAUUUGGGAGAAGUCACCGACUGGAGUGAGAUGUCCCAACUGUCGGCAGGUUUGGCCUGUUCAGAAUACCAUAUCGGGAACAUUUCCACAAAACAAGGUACUGAGGAAUUUAGUUGAAUAUCUUACAAUGAAAAACAAGGUGGAUGAAAUUAUGUGCCAUGAAUGUCCUGACAGUUCAAGGGCAACAAUGCGUUGUUUGGACUGUCGGGAAUUUAUGUGCAAAGGAUGCGCAACGUAUCAUAAAAAAUUUGCAGUGUCAAAAGACCACAACACGAUUUCGAUUAAGGAAUUGGUUAAUAUGCCUCAUGAUGACUUUUUUCAGCAGAGAGAUAUGUGCAAAAAACACAAAAUGACUUUAGAUUUAUACUGCAAGGUUUGUGCAACUGAUAUCUGUUCAUCGUGUGUUCAUGUCUCUCAUAGAGAGCAUGAAAUAUUGGAUCUCAAAGAUGUAUAUGAAGCAAACAUGGACCACAUCAAAACAAUACUGAAAGAUAUUCAAACUUCAUCAGAAAGACCACAGAAGUAUACAUCCAGACUUUCUGAACAAAAUGCAACUCUAGAUUCGAUGAAAGAAAAUAUUCUAAAACAUAUUGAUCAUUCCUUUGAAGAGAGUAUUCACAAGUUGUCUGAGAAAAGAAAACAGAUGAAAGAAGAUGUCAUUUCAAACAUAGACAAACAAAAAGCUGAUAGAAACGAGCAGAUGAAGUUGAUUGAACAGUCAGAAGUCCUCAAGGUGGACCAUGUUUUGCACUGUAAGCAAGCUGUGCAAUUUGCACGAGCUGCUGACUUUAUAGAAAUGGCUCCGACCCUUGAAGACUAA